AUGGCUUCUUACGCUGGGCUUGGCGAAUCCUCACCUCAGUCUUUCCCUCAAUCUUCCGAUGUUUCUGGCCAUGCGACCGGAAAGAGGAGAUUACUUAUCAUAUACAUUCAUGGAUUUUGCGGGAGUGAAGAGUCUUUUGGUCAGUUCCCUUCACAUGUCCAUAGCUUUCUCAAACAAGCCCUCUGCGAUACCUAUGUCGUCUAUUCAAAGAUCUAUCCCCAGUACGAAACGCGCAAUGCCAUGGACAUCGCGGUAGAGAAGUUCAGCCGCUGGCUUCAACCACAUGAGAAUUCUCAAACAGAUGUCAUUUUAGUAGGACACUCUCUACGUGGUAUCUUGGCUGCCCAGGCUGCUCUGCUAAAAAAGUCCCUCUAUUUGACUUACCAGUCACGCCCUUCUCUAGUUGGCACAAUAUCGUUGGACUGUCCGUUCUUGGGUCUUAACCCUGGCAUUAUCAUUCCUGGCAUUAUGUCUCUGUUUCGUCCUAAUAUACAAGUCGAAGCAAACGCUCAGGAUGGUGACUCGGACAUGCUCGAGUCACAGUACUCCUCCUCGUCUCGACUUCUGCUCUUGAAUCCACCCGCAUCUGACAUGGAUGCCUGCUUCAAUCCCCCUUUCUUCAACGACAACGAAGUAUGGCCGAUAAGACGAUCAUCUGAGCCAAAGAUCGUGCAGUCUGUUUGCAUCGAUGGCCUCCAGGGCUGGCUCCUUGAAGCCAUCGACUACUGUCUUUCUCACUGGGCAUAUGGGCGCUGUCUGAGGCGUCCUUGGACCCUGAGGCUUAGAUACCACGAGCUACGAGCUCUAGAGGGUUCUAAUGAAUUUCCCCCAACGUAUGAAAAGCGAGUCACACAGGCCGGAGAUCUAGGGAGGCGACCAGGAAUCCGAUUUUUGAAUUUCUUCACUGCCAGCACACGACGGCAAUCCUGCCACAGGUCGAAAGUUUCAUCACUGGGGCAUAGGGAUGUGGACAAGGAGCAAUUCUUUGAGCAGGCCGGAAAGGACCACCGAAUAGGCCACUUCUCUAGCGAGCCGGAUUCUGACAGUUGGAGCACUGAGGUCGAGGGCAUAGGCCACUACCAGCAAUCUGCCACUGAUGGUCUUUGCCUGCAAGAACGGACCACCGUGGUGACGUCCAAGCUUACCGACCAUUGUGUGAGACUAUGUCAGGUUACCAAUAUUUCGCACCGCUUUAGCGCGCUCUUGAGUGGCCUAGCGGAGUUCUUCUGGCGACUGUUAUCACUAUUUCAAGGUGGUCUAGAUAGCCACUGGAAUUCCGCAGAAGAACACCAAGCAGCUGGUGAAGUUGAGGUGGACAGGAAAGGUGCGGUAAAACCGGAUGAGGGGCGCACAUUCUGCAUUCUUCCGCCCGAGGCUGAUCCUACGUGGGUGCGCAUUUCCAUGGAGGGCAUAGAUGAAGUAGGCGCCCAUUGCAGCCUUUUCGUUGAUGACGGACCGCACUAUGAGAGGUUAGUGCUUCACAUGGGCAAGGAGAUCGUACAAUGGGUUUACGAUUGUAACAGCAGCUGA